AUGGUGUCGAUCCGUGUCAAGUCGGCCAUUGCCGUCGCCUCGGCCCUGGCGCCAGGCUCCAUCGCCCAGCUGUUCACCGUCAACUGCGCGCCGCUGACCUUCUACCGCGGCGAUCCCAUCAUCUUCCCCGGCGUCAUCUCCCCCCAUGUGCACGCCAUUGUUGGAGGCACCCGGUUUUCUCUCAACCUGACCAACGAGCAGGCCAGCCAGGCCAAGGCCACGACGUGCGACAAGCAUCUCGACAAGAGCAACUACUGGCAGCCUCAGCUGUACCAUCAGCGCCGGGAUGGCAAGUUUGAGCUCGUCGAGAUGCAGGGCACUGCUGCGUAUUACAUUGAUCGAGCCUGUGACUAUGCCCCCGGCAAGCAAAACUGCAAAAACGCACCGCAUGCCAAGGCUCCGCCAAAGGGGCUGCGCAUGGUUGUCGGCGAUCCAACUCUGAGACCCGGGGAUACUAGGACGUAUAAUAAGUCGAACCCGGAGCAGAGGGCCAUCUCGCACGUUUGCCUCGGUGCGGAUGGCGGCGAGACGCCUCACCUGCCCGCAAAACCGUGCCCUCGCAUGAGAGCAGAGACCUUCUUCCCUUCCUGCUGGGAUGGAAAGAACCUGGACAGCCGCGACCACAAGAGCCAUAUGGCCUUCCCGGCGGUUGGCGACUACAACACCGGCGUGUGCCCUCAAUCCCACCCCGUUGCCAUCCUCUCCGUAUUUUUCGAAUUCUUCUACAACACUGGCGCCGUAAAAGACUUCAACCGUUGGGUCUGGGCCAUGGGCGAUCCCACCGGGUACGGCCUGCACGGCGAUUACCUCAACGGCUGGGCGGACCAGGCCAAACUUGACCGUGCCAUCGAGACUUGCACUGGCCCCAAUGGCGUCAAUGACGCCGGCUGCAGCUUGAACGUUGGACCCGAUGGCCCCGGGCGUUCGAGCCGUCAACCAGUCGAGGUCCCGCCUCCCAACGAGGAGAUUGGAUUCAACGGCACUCUCGACAAGCUGCCUGGCGACAACCCAGUUACUGGACAGCCGGUCCAGGGAUAG